AUGCAGACACUUACGCCUAACACCGCCGAUAUAUUCCAAACAAAACGCCGUCGUAUCACCUGCAACGCACAAACCUCGACGUUGAUCCCCACGAAGCCCAUUUCGGGUUUUCCGGUGAAACAAACAAACCAAGAACAUCUCAGAAACCUCGAAAAUGUUCUUCAAACCACAAAUCAUCAAGAAAAUGUUUCUUCUCGUCAAGAUAAGACAACUUCGACGUCGACUUUACUCGGUGGUUUGAAUUUGGCAAGAAUCUGGCCUCAAAUGAAAGCAGCCGUCGACGAAAUGUCGCCAAAGAAUCUCAAGAAGCUUCAAAGACUUCUCUCGAAGUCAGAGGAACGUUCGCCGAAGAACAAGCUCGGGUCUAAAUGGAGGGAGCUACACGGGUCGAAUAACUGGGUCGGGUUAUUGGAUCCUUUAGACGAGAAUCUCCGGCGAGAGCUUGUACGUUACGGCGAGUUUGUUCAGGCGGCUUAUCACGCGUUUCACUCUGACCCGGCAGGAUCACCGAGACACGUGGCGUUACCCGAUGGUUCUUACAAGGUGACGAAGAGUCUUUACGCCACGUCAUCUAUUCGUUUGCCUAAGUGGAUCGAUGACGUGGCACCUGAUCUAAAGUGGAUGACUAAGCAGACGAGCUGGGUUGGGUACGUGGCGGUAUGCGAUGAUCCGAGAGAGAUCCGACGGAUGGGGAGGAGAGAGAUUGUUAUCGCGCUUCGUGGAACCGCCACGUUGCUUGAGUGGUCGGAGAAUUUCAGGCCCAAUCUUGUUUCUAUGCCCGAGCCCAAACCCGAACAAUCUGAGCCGACCCGGCCCAAAGUAGAAUGCGGAUUUAACAGCCUCUACACGACUUGUAGCCAAUACGCGCCGAGCCUGGCCGAGACGUUAAUAGAGGAGAUCAAACGGCUCGUCGAGCUCUACCAAGGCGAGCAGCUUAGCAUCAGCGUCACCGGACAUAGUCUCGGUGCCGCUAUCGCGCUCCUCGCCGCAGACGACAUCGCGACGCGUGUAAAUUACGCGCCACCUGUGUCAGUAUUUUCUUUUGGUGGACCUCGGGUUGGAAACCGCGAGUUUGCCGAUAGGCUCGAUUCAAAAGGAGUGAAAGUCCUUCGCGUUGUGAACAGCCAAGACUUGGUGACGAAAGUCCCCGGAAUAUUCUCCGAUAACAACAACAACCAAGGGCAGAAUCGUAAUAACAACGGGAAAAGUCAAAGAGGUAUCAUGGAGAUGGUAGAGAGGAACAACCCAUGGGCUUACUCGCAUGUAGGAGCUGAGCUGCGUGUGGACAUGAAAAUGUCUCCAUACUUGAAACCUAAUGCUGACGUGGCGUGUUGUCAUGACUUGGAGGCGUAUUUGCAUUUGGUCGAUGGGUUUUUGGCGUCCAACUGUCCGUUUCGGACAAACGCGAAACGGAGUUUAAGGAAGUUGUUGGAUGAGCAACGAUCUAACGUUAAGGCUUUGUACACGGGAAAGGCUUUGAGACAACACCGUUUUGUUUCCGAUAACGGAGAUGUUUUGCCAAGUCCGUCGUCUUCAUGA